AUGAAGAAAAAUUUGUCUUCUCCUAAUAGUUUAGUUAAUCGCAGCCGUUCCUUGGCAAUUUCUCCCCAAAAAUUACGACCAAUAGUUAAUUUAGUCAGAAAAAAAGAAAUUGAUUAUUCCUUAAACACUUUACGCUUUUUGCCCCAAAAAGGAGCACGAAUACUGCAUAAAAUUCUCCAAGGGGCAAUUAAGCAAGCAACGCAAAAGACCAAAAAAGAAAAAGAAAUUUUUUACAUUAGCCAAAUUCAAGUGGACCAAGGAAGUAUUCGCAAAAAAUUAAUGAUCCGAGCCAAAGGAAGUGCCAAUACUCUCCGGCAAACUACUUCUCAUUUGUUUUUAUGUUUAAGUCCAAAGGAGGAAAACAAGUUAAUUCGGGAUUAUCUUUUUUCCCGUUUUCCCGAAAUUACUCAAAUUAAAAUUGAACGUACCAAAGUUGAGUUAUUUAUUUUUGUUCAUUCUCCCAACACUAGUUUAAUUACUGGCGAAAGCAACGACAACUUAGACCAAAUUUUAACUAAAAUUACUGAUAUUGUUAACGAGAAAAAAAUUGUUACUAAACUGCAUUUAAAGGAGGAGAGAAGAAUCUACACCUCGGCUCAAGCCAUCGCUAAUGAUUUAGCCCACAAAUUGAAAAGCCGGAAAAAGGAGGAAUUGCUCAGCAUAAGAAAAUCAACCAAGGAAGAAUGCCUUCCAAUACCCUCGAUAGCUUAA